GUGCAUUUAUUUUUCAGUCAAAAGCAGUUAGGAAAAUUCACAGAUUUUAUUUAGUAUGCUUCUUUUGCGACAGAUCUUGUAUCAUAAAGUUCAAUCUUUUACUAAAUUAAGAUUUCACAGAUUUCUUAGCAAUGACGAUUGCACUGGAAAGCAAGUAAAGAAGUUGAGCUUAAAAAAUGUCGAUGUGACUGGAAAAAGGGUUUUUAUGAGAGUGGACUUUAAUGUACCCAUGAAAGAUGGUAAAAUAACAAAUAACCAACGAAUUGUUUCCGCACUUCCCAGUAUUAAAUAUGCGCUGGAUAAAAAAUGCAAGUCCCUGGUUUUGGCUUCCCACUUGGGACGUCCCGAUGGCAAAAAGAACAACAAGUUUAGUCUGGAACCGGUGGCCAAGGAGCUGGAGAACGUGCUGGGCCAGCCUGUUCGAUUCCUGGACGACUGUGUGGGUGAGCAUACCCUGGAAACUCUGAAGGAUCCCUGCGAGGGCACAGUGGUCCUGCUGGAGAACCUGCGAUUCUAUGCCGAGGAGACGGGCAGCAGCAAGGACGAGAACAAGAAGAAGGUGAAGGCCGAUCCCCAGAAGGUUAAGGAAUUCCGGGCCAAGUUGGCGCAGCUGGGCGAGAUCUAUGUGAACGAUGCCUUCGGAACGGCACAUCGUCCGCAUAGUUCCAUGAUGGGCGAUGGCUACAAGGUGCGAGCGGCUGGCUUCCUGAUGGACAAGGAGCUGGAGUACUUUGCCAAGGUUCUCCACGAGCCGGCCAAGCCGUUUCUUGCCAUUCUGGGUGGCGCCAAGAUAGCCGACAAAAUUCCGCUGAUAACGAACCUCCUGAACAAUGUGACGGCCAUGAUCAUAUCCGGCGGCAUGGCCUUCACCUUCCUCAAAGUGCUCACUAAUAUGGAGAUUGGAAAAUCCCUCUACGACGAGAAGGGUUCCAAGUUGGUGAACGACAUAGUCUGCAAGGCAAAGGAGAAGAAUGUGAACAUACUACUUCCAAUUGACUUUGUCAUUGCUAACAAGAUCGACAAGAAGCCGGAUAAAAUCGAGCAUGUGGAUGUCACACGCGGUAUACCGAAGGACAUGAUGGGUCUGGACCACGGCCAGGUAUCCAGUGAGAUGUUUGCAGGCGCCAUUUGUGCGUCCAAAACCAUCGUUUGGAACGGACCACCAGGCCUAUUCGAAAACGAGCUGUUCGCCCAAGGCACCGAGUCCAUGUUGCAGGCAGUGAUCGGAGCCACAAAAAGAGGAGCCACCACAAUCGUGGGUGGUGGGGAUACGGCCACCGCUUGCUUGAAGUUCGGAGGCGCCGACAAGGUCUCACAUGUGUCCACCGGCGGAGGAGCUUCCCUGGAGUUGCUGGAGGGAAAGGUUCUGCCUGGAGUGGCAGCUCUUUCGGAUGCCUGAAAGCUUAUUCUGCUUUACUUGUACAUAUAUC